AUGAAGUGGGCAAUUAUCUACUGGCUCCUGCCUCUCGCCUGCGUGGCCCAAAUUCCCGUUGAUCCGCUCCCUUACACACCCCUCGGGCCCAAUCCUACCCAGAAGGUGUUUCCCACCACGACCUGGUGCGCAACAGUAACGCCCACCGAGAUUCCUGGUGUAAAGCCCAACGUAACCCUCUCAUGUACAACAUACGCCCCGGAACCGACAGUAUUUGCUCGAUUCAACCGCAUCCCGAGGGCCCGAGGCCAGGCACGAUGCUGGUACGAUAGCUACGUCGACAGGAUCGAGAUCGAAAAGCGCACGCUGAACAACCAGGCCGAAAUUCUCAAAGGUGUCUACGAGUGCCAGGAUAGGUGUCAGCAGCCUCUCUCGAACGGCAAAGAGUGCAAGUAUGCCGUCUACGUCAAAGCAGGCCCUAGAUCGAAAGACCUUUGCUUGUUGGACAAUCUGGUUUACGAACCGUUAGCUGUUAAUUACCGUGGCCCGUUCGAUUCUUGGCUCUGCAUUGGCAGCGAGAAGAUGCUGCCCGAAAUUGAGGAUGCUCCAGAUACGAAUGAGGGGGAGAUAUAA